GUGGCAUAAAGGUGACGGUGCGUACAGGAGUCAAGCCCUGAAGGCGGCAGCAGUCAUUCUGCUUCAUUCACCAAACUCAGGGUUUGCCACGGGUCAGGCUGAUGCAGGCGGCUGUCCUCUCUCUGAGCAGCUCCCAGCAUGGGCAAAGAGAAGACCCACAUCAACAUUGUGGUCAUUGGCCAUGUGGAUUCAGGCAAGUCCACCACGACGGGGCAUCUCAUCUACAAAUGUGGCGGCAUUGACAAGAGGACCAUCGACAGGUUUGAGAAGGAGGCCUCAGAGGUGGGCAAAGGCUCCUUCAAGUAUGCCUGGGUGCUGGACAAGCUGAAGGCAGAACGGGAACGGGGCAUCACCAUUGACAUCUCCCUGUGGAAGUUUGAGACCAAAAAAUAUUACAUCACCAUCAUCGAUGCCCCAGGUCACCGUGACUUCAUCAAGAACAUGAUCACAGGGACCUCACAGGCAGACUGCGCUGUGCUGAUUGUGGCCAGUGGUGUAGGUGAGUUUGAGUCUGGCAUCUCCAAGAAUGGGCAGACCCGUGAGCAUGUACUGCUGGCCUAUACGCUGGGCGUGAAGCAGCUCAUCGUGGCGGUCAAUAAGAUGGACAUCACGGAGCCUCCUUACAGUAGCGCACGCUUUGAGGAGAUCAGCAAGGAGGUGAAGGCCUAUAUCAAGAAGAUCGGUUACAACCCUGAGGCUGUUGCCUUUGUGCCCAUCUCAGGCUGGCAUGGGGACAACAUGAUAGAACCCAGCACCAAGAUGUCCUGGUUUAAAGGCUGGAAGAUCACCAGAAAGGAAGGAAACAUGGUGGGCAUGACACUGCUAGAAGCACUGGACUCCAUCAUGCCCCCUGCCCGCCCUACGGAGAAGCCCCUGCGGCUGCCUCUGCAGGAUGUAUACAAGAUUGGGGGCAUCGGCACCGUGCCUGUGGGCCGGGUGGAAACAGGCUUCCUCAAGCCAGGCAUGGUGGUGACCUUUGCCCCCUGCAACAUCACCACAGAGGUCAAGUCUGUAGAGAUGCACCACGAAGCCCUGGCUGAGGCCUUGCCUGGAGACAAUGUGGGCUUCAAUGUGAAGAAUGUGUCGGUGAAGGACAUCAGGAGGGGCUACGUGGCGGGAGACAGCAAGAAUGACCCGCCCUUAGAAGUGGCAAGCUUCGUCUCCCAGGUAAUCAUUCUCAACCACCCUGGCAGCAUUGCCACUGGCUACUCACCAGUCCUGGACUGCCACACGGCCCACAUUGCCUGCAAGUUUGCAGACCUCAGGGAGAAGAUUGACCGGCGCUCAGGCAAGAAGCUGGAAGACAAUCCCAAAGCCCUGAAGUCUGGGGACUCAGCCAUCGUUCAGAUGAUUCCACGAAAGCCCCUGUGUGUGGAAAGCUUCUCAGAGUACCCGCCCCUCGGUCGCUUUGCUGUGCGUGACAUGAGGCAGACGGUGGCUGUUGGGGUCAUCAAGGCUGUGGAGAAAAAAACAGCGACUGGUGGCAAAGUCACCAAGUCUGCCAUGAAAGCGGCCAGGAAGUGAGUGGUGACAGCUACUCUAGGACUUUCUGGGAGAGGCGCAGCCCAGGAGGAGCCACAGCUGGAAAAGAAUGGCUCAAGGAGAAGUCUUAGACUUACUCUUCUCUUGCCUGAAUGGUCUUAAAUCCACCCCUGCUAAUGCACUUUUCUUUUUGCUGAUGAGUCUGAGGCAUGGGAAUAAAGCACAGCAAGUCUUU